AUGAGGAAGCUCAGUUCCUCCACGCGUGACCUAGCAGAAUCAGUGGCUAAAAUAAUAUGUAUUUUUGAUUGCAUAAUAUUACUAAAAAAAACUCCCAACUCAGAUCAAAAUAAUAGAGAGCACAACAUAACAGAGAGAGUAGAUAGAGAAAGAGAGGUAGAUAUACAAGCAGAGAGACACAGACAAAAGCCUUGGAAGCCUUGGGAAUUGCUUUGGGCAGCCAAUUUACAUGGCAUCCACUUCCAUGGCGGCCACCGCCACCUUAAUGCCCUGUCGGCUACCCUCCACCACCACUGCCAACUACCCACCUCGCUGCUCAUCGCUGCCUUCCCUUCCACCUCUCCUCUUGUCCACCCCAACCUUUUCCACUUCCUUGAAACAGCUCUCUCAGAACCCGGGAGGUUUUCUAUUCUUCAAGUCAAGGCCACUUCCUUAGAAGAGUCAUCUCCUCUUGUUGAUGCCGGAAAAUUAUUCAGUGAUCUAAAGGAAAAGGUGAGGAGCAAAUCGGGCACCAUACCAAAGAAGAGGAAGCUUGAAACUAUUUCUCAUGGAAGACAAAUCUACAGUAAUUCUGUAUGGAGGAGGGGCAAUAGUUGCAGUUUGGCUAUCUUCCAUUUUUAUUGGAGCCAUCAACUCAGUGCCUCUUCUUCCAAAGCUCAUGGAGUUGGUACGGCUUGGAUAUACUGGAUGGUUUGUCUACCGGUACCUUCUCUUCAAGGUGAGCUUGACAUGGUUUUCUAUCCUUGUUUAAAUUGAACUUAUUUUCUUUUAUGAAUAUAGUUUGCUAUGUUGUAAAAUCUUAUCUUUUCGGCGUAGCUCAUAACCUAAGUAAUGGAAUUAAACCCUCGAACUAAUUUGAAUCAAUGCAUCCACAAAUCUCCUUUACCAGAUUUGACGCCUAAUUUGGUAUUGUUGUGUUUUAUUUAUCCACAAAAAAAAAAAAAAAAAAAA